CACUUGUCGGUACUCAGUCUGCGCGCUGGUACCGAAGGUGAGAGUACCGUCUAGCCAUCAGCGGGUACCACCUGAAUCGUUCGCCAGGGAGACGCGAAUCGAGUGCAGUUUUCGGUACGAAGUAGCCACGCAAUAUCCUUCAACCGGAAGAGGUCACGCCUGCCCUGCCCUUGCCACGCUUUGCGACCACGCCCCCGACCACCUGUUGCAGCGCCACGCAAAGUCGUUCGUGGCCACGCCCCCGACCACUCCCCAUCGCCACGCCCCGCGACCACGCUCCCGAUCGCCGGCCCAAUGCCAGGCCACGCCCCUUGAUAUGCUGGGCGUCGAACAGACCGCCGCAGCGGGUGGCGGCCUCGGCGUCGGACGCCACGCCCUCGCUUGGUUGCUGGGCCACGCCGACGUCUGGUAUUUGCUGGUCAAGUGCGCGAACUUCGUCAACAAGCGACACGCCCGCGCCGCCGGCCAUUUUCCGCAGAACACCGUCUCCAUUUUGGAGAAUUUGUUGAUGCUCGACGAGGGCAACGACGAGGAAGAAGUCAACAGGGAGGAGCUGGACGACGACGAAUACGAUAAUAUCUAUAGACAAGCUGAAACACUGAAUAAUGCCCCCCUCAGCCUAUCGCCCCCACAACACGCAGCUUCCCCACCCAACAACCUUCAACAUCAGCAGCGCGUUUCUGAUCCACUACAGGUGACCCAGCCGGCCAGCGCCCCCGGAUCGCCCCCUUCGAGCCCCUCGUGCCCCCUGUCCCCGCUCAGCCCCACCGCGCUGACCCCCGGGGGCACCUUGGACCCCAACUGGCAGGCCAACAAGGCGUCUGUCAGAGAGAGGAACGCCGCCAUGUUCAAUAACGAUCUCAUGGCGGACAUCAGAUUUUUAGUUGGUUCUCCUGGUUCGACCCAACUUAUACCUGCCCACAAGUACGUUUUAGCUACAGGUAGUUCUGUGUUCUAUGCUAUGUUUUAUGGAGGACUAGCAGAAUGCAAAGAAGAAAUUGAAGUGCCGGAUGUAGAACCGUCAGCUUUCCUAACCCUACUCAAAUACCUCUACUGCGACGACAUCCAGCUGGAAGCCGACACCGUCCUCGCCACCCUCUACGUCGCCAAGAAGUACAUCGUGCCGCACUUGGCGCGCGCCUGCGUCGCUUACCUCGAGACCAGCCUGACGGCGCGCAACGCCUGCCUGCUGCUCAGCCAGUCGCGGCUGUUCGAGGAGCCGGAGCUGAUGCAGCGCUGCUGGGAGGUGAUAGAUGCGCAGGCAGAGAUGGCGGUGCGAUCGGAGGGCUUCGUCGACAUCGACGUGUCCACGUUGGAAUCGGUGUUGGCGCGCGAGACGCUCAACUGCAAGGAGACCAAUCUGCUGGAAGCGGCGCUCAACUGGGCGGCGGCCGAAUGCGGGCGUCGCGACGUCGAGCCCACGCCGCACAACAAGCGAGAGGUGUUGGGCAGCGCCCUCUAUCUCGUCCGCAUCCCCACCAUGACCUUGGAGGAGUUCGCCAAUGGGGCAGCUCAAAUGGGCGUAUUGACGCAGCAGGAGACCAUCGACAUAUUCUUCCACUUCACCGCCACCAACAAACCCUGCCUGCAGUACCCCAUCAAGCCUAGGGCCGGACUCAAGGCACAGGUAUGCCACCGCUUCCAGUCAUGCGCGUACCGCUCGAACCAGUGGCGGUACAGGGGCCGCUGCGACAGCAUCCAGUUCUCGGUGGACCGGCGCAUCUUCGUCGUCGGCUUCGGACUGUACGGCUCGUCGAACGGCGCCGCCGAUUAUGCGGUGCGGAUCGAACUGAAGCGACUGGGCAGGGUGUUGGCCGAGAACGAUGCCAAGUUCUUCUCGGACGGCUCCAGCAACACUUUCCACGUGUACUUCGACAAUCCCAUACAGAUCGAGCCGGAGACAUUCUACACCGCCUCCGCCGUACUGGACGGCGGCGAGCUGAGCUACUUCGGCCAGGAGGGCAUGAGCGAGGCCACCGUCGGUCAGGUGACCUUCCAGUUCCAGUGCAGCUCGGAGAGCACCAAUGGCACCGGCGUGCAAGGGGGCCAGAUACCGGAGCUCAUCUUCUACGGGCCGACGCACGACGACCAUUGAACGGGACGAUUUAUAUCCGUAGAGCCGGUUGCAUAAAGCGUUCGAGAGACGAUUAUAGCACAGAAUACCCAACAAUCAGAAGUGCUUCUCUGGUCGGCGCCUUUGAUAUUUUAGGAUCUGUUUUCUGUGAGCCGUCAUGUUCUUGGGUUAGCAAGCAGGGCCGUUCUAAGGGAGAUGACGGGAUUGUACUAACUAAAUUUAUUCACUUUGUGUGUCAUUUAUUGAUACCAGUAAUAUGUCUUACACUUAAUUCAAUGAAAAAUAGUUUACAAUAGCUAACUUUUAUUUUCAGUAGGACAGGUUUGAACACAAACAUUGCUAAAAAUUGAAAUUGAUAGAUUUGACCAGGUAUUCAUAAGAUUAUUUUUUCAAAUUGUUUUUUGGAAAAACUAAACUCACUUUUUUUCUCAAUUGCAGUUCUGCUUGAUUUAUAGUUAUACAGGGUAUAUUCAUUCAACUGACUUUGAUCAGAUGAGGAAUGAAACCAAGUCUUAGAAUUGUUUUUGCAACCUGUAGCAGCUCACACAUGACCACCUGUAAGUUUUUCUUGAGCAUUCAUGUCUACAAUUACAGAAGAAGCAGAUAAAGAAUCUAAAAUUGGCUUCUUAUUCACAACCAAAUUAGGUGUAGGCACCAGAACUUAUUCAAACAGUAUAACCCAAACAACAACACAGCAAAAAUAGAAUAUGUACUCAAAUAUCUGAAUAUUUCACACGAUCAUUCCACAGAUGAGAAUUCGAUAAAUAUGUGAACAAGUAACCCAGGAAGAUGGCCGACAACCUGCGCCGUUCAAGGCGCGAACCCACUCCUGCGCGAGAGAUGCUAUUCUGAUUGUAAAGUAUUCUGUGAUUAUCGUAUAUUACAGUGUGAGUGGAUAUCGAGGUCUCUAAAACGUUGGACUUGUGAGCGCGAAAUAUAGAGUACUAGCUUUUACACGCGGCUAAGCUCGCGUUGAAGCAAUUAAAUGAAUAUCAAAGAUCAGCAGCUAUUCUCAAAACUCUUUGUCGCCAUGCUUGCUGUUGUCUUCUCAACUCCGCGUGAGCGUUCCUGUGACGACCUUCUAGACAGAUCAGAUUUGCGCUUCCGAGGCAUUUUAAAGAACAGAGUAAAGAUUAAAAGCAGCGAGUAAUAACUAAAACAAUAAACUGACUCUUAUCCUUAAAAACUGAGUUUUGCUUGCAUGAAUUCAAUACUACUUGAAACGGUCCACCGUGCCAUAAUACUGAACCGUUUGGUGAAAAUUAUCCUUCAUCAAUAAAUUUGUUUUGUACAUAAAUUCGCAGGAAACAUAAUGGCCAAUGGAGUAAGCUGCGUGCUUCAUAAGUCAAAGGUCCCGGUUUCGAAAAUUGAUUGAAAAAAAUACUGUGGAGGCAUUAACUGUUAGGGCCGAUAGUGAUUCGCUAUUUCAUUGAUGUUCGCUCACGGCCGGAUAUUGUCUGUAUUGCUUCCGCAAGGAUUAUUUCUUGCGCCCUGUCCUGUUUUUAGAUGGACUAAUUCAGGUAGCAUGGAAUUCGUGCAUUUUGGUUGUGCAAAAGACUAAUACGUCAAUGUCAUUUGUGGUCAAUAGGCACUGGGUAUCUCCCAUGCAGUAAUGAAUUUGCGCCUUCGAAGUGCCCACCUGAUGUUAGAUUAGAUAUUUGUCAUUUUCAUUUCAUCAUCUAGAUAAUCAGAGACUUACGAGUGCCAAAAGACGUAUUCUAAUAAUCAAUAUCCAAGGUACCGACAUAUAGAGUUUCAUGUCUGAUUGUUAUAUUUUUUGUCCACCAAUCAUGUCUGUCAAUUUAUCUACCCGCCGUAAAAUUUAAUUUUUUUAUAAAAAGUAUCAUAUGUCCUUUCUAAUGCACUAAAGAAUAUGUAUACAAAUUUUCAUGAUAAUCGGUUGAGCAGGUUUGCGUGAAAGCCUGACAAACAAACUUAUGAUAUAAUAAAAUGAAAUAAUUAUAAACAAACAUACAUUCAUAUUUAUUAUAUUAGUAGGGGAUAGUGACUUCUGUAGGGUGCAAAAUUAUAGGUUUGUUCGCUCCUUUCACUCCUUCAAUUUUUGCUCUAAACGGUGCACUCUAAAAUUUUAGUUGUAUAUUUUUUCUCGGAAAAGACGACCUUCUCUUUAAAACACGAGCGAUUUUUCAUGCACGAGUGCCUUGUCCGAGUGCUCGAAAGAGAGUAAGUGUUUUAAAGGCCAGUUAUCCACAAAUACUUUACACUUUUUAUUUAUUGGUACACUUUGAGAUCAAAAAUACUUGUAUUAUUAUCAUUACCCAUUACGAAGAAUGAAAUAACAACCAAAAAGGUGAAAUGGUUGAAUUUGUAAUGUGACAUCAGUAUACUUUUAGUUGUCAUGUAAAUGAGAAAACAAUAAUUAAUUUGAAACAUUUCUUAAGGCGGAUUCAUGCAACAUUCAUCAUAAUUAUGUUUUCACUAACCGUGAGUUACCAGUUCAUGUAACUUAUAGUCAUAAUGAACUAAUUAUCCAAGGUUAUGUGACUUGCUUAGAUUUUCCACAUGGAACUUCAUUGUUGAUGGGAUAGUAGCGGCCAUUAAUCAGUAUUCUGCAAUUAUUAGUAUUGACGUAGAUAUGAUGUUCUCAAAUAAAUGAAUAAAUUUUACAUACUGAAAUGGCAUAAUACCUGAUAAGAUUGACUGAUAUGCGCUCGCACGAGUUUUUACCUGUUAAUAAAAGUUAGGUCGUAGUUUUCGAUGACAUUAAAUUAGAUUUAGUCUCGGAUUCAGUAAUUUUUCAAUAUAUAACCUAUCUUUUUUCCAAAGAUAUAUUUCUGAACUCUCAAAGUUACUUUGAUAUUCGAAUAGUUGUAGAUAAAGUAUGGUAUUCUACUCGCGCAUAAUGGCUAUUACUCAUUCAGAUCAUUACAGUACGCCUUCGGGUCGUACUGCAACUUUCAUCUUCGUGGGUAAUAGCAAUUAUUAUGCGCUCUUUGAAUAAUAUACUAUAAUGUGUCGCAUGAAUGCAUUCUAUGAAUUAUGAGUUUUCAACAUUCUCAAUUUAUAAUGUAAUGAAAUGAAAAUGUAAUCAUAAUGAACGAUGCAUGAAUCGGCCUUUAGUGAUAUUUUAUUUGACGUUACAUGGUACUCCUGUCAGAUCGACAAUUUAAACGUUGACAUUUAGACUUCGACCAUGUUCGGAUAUUUCCGAACAGUACUGCCCAGUAUAUUUUAUCGUUCCGAUUUUACUGAAAUUUACUGUUAGAGGCUAAAGCCGUUUUGCUUUUUUACGUUUCGUAUUCUGAUUGGUGAAGAAAUCUGGAUUUAAAAUGACGCAAAAAGCUGGAAAUGUUCAGCUUUUUGCCUUGAAAGAUGACAUCGUCUGUGAAAAUGGUAAAAAUUAACAAAUAUUAUAAAAAUGGAAAAUACUACUGUAAGUUGUGAUAACAAUUGACUAAUACAUGAUUAUGGAACAUUCUACGGAAGUUAUGAUAAUGUUAUUGCUUAUGAUUUUUUCGUGAAUCCAUGGAAUAGUAUAGGUACUGUUUAAUAUUAUUCAUUAUUCAAUCAAUUUCAUUGUUAUGAUUAUUCACUUUAUUUUAGAAUGGAGCACGAAUGCAAAAACGUCUCUAGGCAUCUUAGACAAAACCAAGGCAACCGUGAAAAGCCGCAAAAAUUUAAUGAUAUCGAAUUCCAUUGGUGAAACUGGCUUGCACGGAGUGCAUAUUUUGUGGUGUCGGGUUUUGAAUUCCAUUGGAAAACUGGUUCACAUAGUUUAGAGCUCAGUGCAACAAUUCUCGCACGAGCUCUAAUAGGUCGUGAGAAGUCAGUGCAGUUUUGAAAAUGGCGCAAACAUUGAAUAUGAAUAGUUGGAGAACCUAAUUGUUAGUGACAAUUUAAUUAUUAUCAUCAGAUAGUGAUGAAUAGUUGGAGGUUUCAAGAAAAUAAAGGAGAUUACUUCCCAGAAUUCAUAAUUUUGUUGAAAGUAUUUUGCAAAUUCAAUUAUGAAGAUCAAAAAAAGUACUCAAAAUUAUUUCCAUGAAACAUUUACUGUGUUCUCAGUUGAAGUUCAGAACAAAUUUCAGGAUGCGGACAAGUUAUGAACAAAGACAAACCAACUUACCCGAUUUAACCUCCAACAAUAAUUUUAUUAUAUUAAUUCGUAGUCUAUUGGGGAUGCAACAGUUCACAUUUUGGAGAGAACCAACGUAGUGCGGGUGCAAAACUUGUGCAAAACCAGUGCACCACCAGGUUUACGAAUGGAAUUCGCUUUAACUCACGUUGACGUUUUUUUGUUGGGAAUGACAUUUGCUUCAGUUCAAUUCACGUUUUAAUUCAGAUUCUUCUUCACCAAUCAGAGUACGAAACGCCGCUUAAAAGUUGACUGUUGGCCACUGGUGAAGAAAUGGUGAUGUAGUGCCAGUAUUCAUGAAAUGUUAGGUUAAGCGUUUGAAUGGUUAGGUACUUCGAUGUUAGGUAUGAGUGGAUAAAAAUUAUGAAUUAUUAUUUUCAAAUACAUUGGGAAAAUGUAUGAAUUCGAACUGAAAGAUCUCACAGAGGCAGUAGACGCUGAAACUGCCACUAAUCUACAAGAUGGUUUGUUAUUGCCACUUUAGAUAUUGAAUAAUAUUUCACAGCUAUCACUAGAACUAGAGGUACUAGAGCAAGCUUAGGGUUAGGUGUUUCUGAUGAAUCAGAAUCACUAGGUUACUAUGUCUUCUAAAAUAAUAUGAUUAAUCCCUCCAUCCAUAAUUUCAACGUGUGAGUAAAGAAGACAAAGAUAAGAAUGUAAAUUCGAAAGAUCAUAGGUAAUAGUUAUAUUUUGCUCUCAUUGUACCAGUACUGCCAAAAUCUUUCCGCAUUGAAAUAUAAAUUCAAUGUUGGAAUUAAACACGCUCAGGCGUCCUUUAAAUAAGCAAAAUUGAGAUGUUUAUAGUUGCUAUGGUGGGCCCACUCAUCAAUUGUUUCGUCCGACUAAUUCUCGAUAUGAACACUUGAAUGUGAGAUCAAAACGUGGAGUUCUCAUAUUCGAUGAUAGAUGGCGUGAACAUUAGAAAAUUUCUUGGAAAAGAAAACUAGACUUUCAAGGAUGUGUUUCCCUCAAUUCCGGAGCUGAAGUCCCGUUAAUAAUUCUGAGAUUUUCGGUGAGCGAAUGUGCAGUCGUCCAAAAGGUAUCACGUGAUUCAUUGUGACCAAUAAGGACUCAGAUAUAGGAUUUUUUCGAAAUAUAUUUAGCUUCACUUCAACUUUUGUGGUUAACAAGGUUGGCAACCAAUGCAAAAUGAUGAUUCGAUGACAUCUUGAUUCGAUGACAUCUUGAUUCGAUGACAUCUUGAUUCGAUGACAUCUUGUUUCGAUGAUGAGUCAAAGUCGUUAAGACUAUUGAAUUGAUAGAAAUAUUUUGAGUAUUGUUCAUUCAGAAUUUGACGUUUACAUUUCAUCAUAGUUCAUAGGAAAUGUAGAUAAUGUAGAAGAUCUCAGAAGAGAAUUAUUUUCUUGCAUGAAACUUAAUUCGGCUACAUUUUGAACUUAUUUUUCAUUUCAAGAUCCAUAAACUUCGAAUAUGGCGCCAUCAGGAGAAGCUUGCACAAAAAAAUCGUGCAGCUCAGUUUUGCGACCAAGUUAUUCUUUUAGAAUAGACUACUAAACUGGUAUUGAUCUCUUCACACUCAACAAUAAUUAUUAUACUGUUUUUCAUACCAUUCAGAUGUGUUUUUGUAGCAAAUUAUUAGUCAAUUUGCUGUUCAAUGUUGCAAAAAAUUAUGGCCUGAUUCAUGAUAAUUAUUUCAUGACAUGAAAAAUACGGGACAACGCGUGACUACUGUGAAAGUGAACUCGUAUUUUUAUGUAGUAUGUGGAUAUAUUUUCAUCGGUUGUUGAGCAAUAAAAAAAACACUGAGGGCCGGUUGCAUAAAGCAUUCAACAGACGACUAAAUAUUUAAUUUGUUUGUAUCCAUAGCAACGUAUGCCUUAGCUGAUAAAUUAGAAGUCGAUUCCUCGUUGAGUUAACAGAGAGCUUUAUGCAAGGUGCUUUAUGCAACCGGUCCUAAUAGUACUUAUCGGUAUGUUUUUAAACAAUGAACAACUGUAUCAAAUACCUUGAACACAUGGAAUUAUAAACAAUGAACAACUGUAUCAAAUACCUUGAACACAUGGAAUUAUCAAGAUGAUAUAUACAGUAUGAUGCAAAUGUAUGGAAUAAAUUAAUUUCAAAACAAGACGACUUCCGAAAAAGAUCCAAAAACUAGACUUCAGAACUUUAUUAAUUGAUGUAUUUUUUUAAAUAGACGACCCUUCGUUGUUCAAUUCUCAGUAGCAGACCUCUGCAAGAUUCAGUUAAUCAAAUGAUAAUCCAUUUUAAUUUCAAUUUUCUUAUGCAAAAUGUUGACUGUUGAAUAGACGAUCAGUAGACCUUUCUAACGAGGUGUCACAUGACCCCUGUUUUCAUUUGAAAAAAUCGUUCAUUACGUCAUUGCUCCAACACCGGUGACGUAACAUCUCUCAUAUGGAUAUCAUGAGAUGAGGCUUCAAAAAUGAAACCUAACGUGUUUUUGGAAUUUUUCAAAAUGUCGCCCAUUUCUGAAAUAAUGAAUUUAUUCCAUACAUUUGCAUCAUACUGUAUAUGGCGACUAGCGUCUACAAAUCCAUUGAAAACGCUUUAUAUGUGUCAUACACUCAUACACACGCCUGUAUGGAAUAUAUUCUACAGACUUUUUUACUUUGAUUCUUUUUUUGAUAUGCUGUGAAUAUACACAAUUUCAGUUAUAUUUCGAUAUGUUUAGAACUUAGACAAUUGAAGAAUCUGAAAUCCACUUUCUUUAUCUCCAACAUUUCCACUUACAGACUGUAUAUACUAUAUAGGUUACAUUUGAGGAAACUCAUAGAUUGAGUUCAAUACAUUUUAUGUAAGCGGACAUUUUCGAUUUUUGUAUAUAGGAUAAAUUUCAAUUAAAUAAACAAGAUAGUAGAUCCAAAUUUGUAAGUAGGCCUUUAUCUAUUCAAUUGAAAAGUAACUUAAGAAAUGCAUGGUAAUAUUUAUGUUCAUCUGACUUAUUCCUGUAUGUAUCUCAGCCUAAUUGAAUAAUGAUAAGAAUAUGUUUUUUUAUAAAGUUGUAGAAAUAUCUUGAAUAUAGUAGAGAAUAAAUAAACUGUAAGUCAGAG